UACGGCGUGGCCCGCGGGGACAGCGGCAAGCACCGCGCUCCGGGACACCCGCGGCACCCCAAGUGUCUGCGCUAGUCUGUCCACCUGCUGCAGGCGCCCAGGGGACGAUGCGCUGGGGCCCUUUCUGAGUCUCCCAAAGUCCCUUUCAGUCCUUACAGUGGGAAGGGAAGGGCCAUUCUGUUCUUUAACGGGAAGACUAUUUAACCCACACCUCUGAGUUAAGAGUACCAUUAACUGCUCAGCCGUGCACUCCGGUCAGCCCGAGGGUGCUUGGAGAGGUAGGGGUGCGGGGCGAGCCGAUGGAGAGGCUCUCCCGUGGUUGGCGUGUUCCGGAACCUAUCCCUCGAAUUAGCCGAGUCAGGCAGAGAGGGGGCGGGGAGUGCUUCCGCCUUGCUAGGAGGGGCUGCAUUGCAGGGGAGACCCAGCGGCAGAUUCUGUCACAGACGAGGGAGAGGGCGAGAGGAGACAAAGCCGUCACAUCCCCGACAGCUUCCUUCAGCAGCCUCCUCCUCACCAGUCCAGAGCCGACCCCCCCCCCGAGCCCCUGAGGCAUCCCUUCCGUCUUCGGAACACCCUAGUCAUUCAUUGCUAACAGGGAAUCAUGAGGGACCCUGUGAGUAGCCAGUACAGCUCCUUUCUUUUCUGGAGGAUGCCCAUCCCAGAACUGGAUCUGUCGGAGCUGGAAGACCUGGGCCUGUCAGAUACACCUACCUACAAGAGCAAGGAGAGCAGCAGCGUUGGCAAAAUGGGCGGGCAAGCAUCUGGAAUGGAGCAGAAGAACCCUGAAGGUGACCCCCUCCUUGAGUACAGCACCUUCAACUUCUGGAGAGCGCCUAUUGCCAGCAUCCACUCUGUCGACCUGGACUUGCUUUAAGGCAGAGAUCUCUCUCCCGCCCUGUACCCUCAUGGUCUUCCCUCUUAAGUCCCUUCCUCUCUAAGCCUUCCACUUUAAUCUUAUUCUCUUCCCUCUAUUGUGCUGGUGGUGCUGAUGAAUCUGCCAAUUGUAUGUUUGUAUGUAUGUAUGUACUUAUUUAUCUUAUUUAUUUAUUUAUUUAUCUGCCUACUCCAUUUCUCUCAAAGGCCCUCUAGGCACAAAGUCAAGGGUUUAAUCAAUGGAGUACUAGAUCAUAGGGUUUCCUCCCACCAGCCCUGAGAAUAUUAACUAAUCCCAGAAAAAUCGCCCUUAUUCGAGGCCCCAGCGAGAAGUACAGUUGUGCAAAACGGGAGACCAUUUUUUUUUUUUGUUUCAUUCUAAUCAGCUUCGAAAUUUACUUGAACCUCCUCAAUUUCCUGCACCAGGUUAGUAAGCAACUACUGCUUGCUUCAAGAAGUAAUGAGAACCUGGAAGUUUUGGGACACUUUCUACAAAACAGGAUUUCUAAAAGGCUAAGAAGUUCUGCCGCUUCUUAUAGUGCAUUCCCUUCCCCAGAAACAUGGAGUUAGUUACAGGUAGAAAACAAGGGAAUCUGAAUGAGGAAAAACGUCGUAUCAUUUCAGAGAUCGUUCCUUUAAUAUCCAGCUCACAGCUCUGCUUCCAGCUGUGGGAUGGAAAUGUUCAGAAAAUCAGAUUUGAGUCUUCAUGGGGAAACCUACAAAUUAGGAUAAUUUAUAAAAGGCAAAAGGUGUAUCUGAUCUAAAGAAAAACCAGAGAAUUAUUAGGAGAAUUUAUAUAAAAUUGUGAUUUCGUCAUGGAACAGGUAGAGUGUCUUGGUCCUUAGUAUUUUAGCUUUACCUUCCUAUAGUUGCAGUAUGUGAUAGGAAUCAGUGGUUCCUGGACACAGUUCUUCGGCUACCAUAAGACAGUGAAAUAAGCAGUUACAUUCAGACCCUACCCCUGUCCCCAUUCCUUCCAAAGCUAUUGCAGCUGAAUUGUGGAGCCAUUUAUUCAUUUAUGUAAUAAAGACGUUAAAUCCUAA